AUGCCUCAGCAACCACGCCACAAUCUCCAUAGACGGGGUCAAUCUUUCGAUCUUCAACGAAGCCCCAUACGGAAGCAUCAACAAGGCAGCAUGGUAAGUAUGACUAACCUAGGACCAAUCCACGGACAACAGAUUUUGCGGGAAGCGCAGCAGCAACGAAUAGCAAGACCGGGCCAGCAGCAUCCAAAUAUGAACAUGGACUUACCCAUCUCCCCUGAGUGUGGUAUGUUCCCGGUGACCACUUCAAUCCCACAGUCACCCUACGACAACAUGAGAAUGAAUGCAAUCAUGCACCAGACCUCUCCAGGCAUGACCUUUUCGCAUUCCCAACAAUACUUCACCGACCUGAAUAUGCCAAUGCAGACCGGUGGUCCAACGGCACUCAUGGAUGAGAACAAUCUACAGUAUUUCCAUGAGUCUCAAGCACACCAGUUUCACCACAACGUCGGUAUGUCUUUUGACAAUCGGAGAAUGUCGCAACCAGAUCUGCGGGUUCAGACCCAGUUGCGACCUCAUACACCUUCAAAUCAAAUCCAGACUGCACAACUCCCUCUCACACCUCCCUUCAGUCAACAUAACCCAGCCGUUCAAUACUCGCGUUCAUUACAAGCAUCCCCAGCCCUCCAGUCACCCUACCCAGUGCCCAUGGCACGAGGCAAGUCUCUGCAGGGUAUAAUAGAGCACGAAGAACUGAGACCCGAGCCCAUGGGAACGCCGGUCAGACCUUUGUUUGAAAUGGCUGAAAUGCCGGUGCCCGAAGCUCGGAGACGAGCUCAGACUCCACCUAUGGCCCAGCAAACGGAGCCAACGAAGGUCAAGGCUGAAUCGACUCUAGGAGAAGAAGAUGACCUCGAGACUCAAGUUCCCAGCCUCGAAGACAUGGCUGUGCCGGUCCUUUCAAGCAAGAAGGCACCGGCUGGUAGCACUUCGCCAGGACGACCGGCACUUUCCCCUCGACGUAUGUCGAUCUCGGAUCUCAAUCUGGAGCCCGGCAUUGAAGCAUCGAUUGAGGAAACCAACAUCACGCUGGAUGAUAUUGCACAGUUCAUCGAAGGUCCAGAUCCAGUAGACAACAAAUGGGUCUGUAAGUAUGAGGAUUGCAACAAAAGAUUCGGCCGGAAAGAAAACAUCAAAUCACAUAUCCAAACCCACCUCGGUGAUCGUCAGUUCCGAUGUGACCAUUGCAAGAAAUGCUUCGUUCGAGGCCACGACCUCAAACGCCAUGCCAAGAUUCAUACCGGGACAAAACCAUAUCCCUGUCUCUGUGGGAACUCAUUCGCUCGACAUGACGCAUUGACCCGUCACCGCCAGAGAGGAAUGUGUAUUGGUGCGUUUGAUGGUGUCGUCAAAAAAGUGAUGAAACGUGGUAGGCCCAGGAAGCACCGACCGGAGAUGGAUGAACGUCUGGAGAAAGCCAAUCGAACUAGACAGAGGACCACUGAACAACUUCACGAUCCUUACACGUCUUCUGCAUCGAGCUGCUCCAUGUCAAGCUGGGGCUCACCACCAACGGAGACCAUGGACAAUCUGAGCAUCCGUGGAACGUCACCUUUCGAACCCAUGGCCCUGUUUGGUAUGCAACAGCCCAAUCUCCUGAACAUGGAUCAGAUGAUUGGCUUUCCUCCCGACACAUUCUCUUUCACACCACCACAUAGCCCAGGAUAUUCUACAGGCAACAAGCCCAGUCCUGUCUACCGCGAGCUGACACCAGCGGAGCUAGGCGAGAUUCCAGGCCUUCAGCAUAGUGACGCAUCACAAAUGCUGCCAGAUCUCCCGACCAUGGACAAUGGCUUGCCAAUGUUGGGUGCCGCCCUGAAUGUCUCAUCAGGACAGAGUUUGCCUAGUCUUUCACACUCGUGCUCAUCACCCGCCGCCGAUAUUGUGGCCUUUGAUUUCUCGGACCUGCCUACCGAUCCUACGUCAACGAUGCAUUCACCGCAGUUGCCCAUCAAGAUGGAGCAGCAGGAAAGGAAUGACUUCGACAACUUUCUCGACUAUGGCGGGAUGGAGAUGGGACUGGACCCAUCGGCUCAGGAUUUCUUCUCCCUUUGA